GUAGUUCUGUGCUAGGAAGCGUGUACCAUAACAACGUGGUUUUAUUCAAACUGCCGGUCUGUAUGUCCGCAUUGCUAAAACUGCUAACUGUUUACUAUGACGCACAGAGAGAAGCGCCAGCGGUCCUCCCUCUUUUUAGAAGUUUGUUUCCAAAAUGAGGAGCCGCGUGUUCCGCUGCACACCUCCAUCGCUCUGUUUCUCCUGUCCUACUGCGAGUGCAGGUCUUUCCAAGUGUUUCUGGUCUUCUCCAAACCCGCCAGCUCCCAGUCCCUGGGGAGGCAGCUACCAGAGUCUCUGGAUGUGUCUGACAUUCAGAUGGAGGACCUGCCCCGGCUGGUCAGAGGCUGCCGUCUCCCCGCUGUUCUGGAUGAGACUGGGAGGCUCUGCAGGGCUGGGCUGGCGGUGGUCCUGAGACACAUCAUCAACAAGACCUUACAGGCUGACCCCUCCAGGAAUGAUGUGUUGGCACUGCUGGGAUUCAAGAAGACCUGUCUGAAGGCCUGUGCUGAGGUGAGCAAGUGGACCCGACUGUGUGAAAUUGGCAUCCCCUCUGCCGUAGAAGAACACCUCAGAAAUCCCCCAAAUCAGUAUCAGAAGGUCCCUCUCUCCAUCCUCACCCUGGAGCGAAGGCUAGCCGAGCCCGUCAAAGUCCACAAUGAUGACAAGAUCCGCAGACAGAAACUCCAAGAGCAGAGGCAGAAUGAAAAGAAUGAGUCCCCCGGAGGGAACCCAGACUCGGAGUCCGAACCCGGACGGCCACCCCAGGUCUGUGACGGACUGGAGCUCAGGGCGGCCCUGGCCAAGCUGUCCGUGGAUCCAGUUCCAACCAUGACCACCAGAGAGAGCUCUGAGAUCAGGAAAGUGAAGACCACGGCCCUGCCUCCGCUGGAGCACGUGUUUGCUGAGGGACUGUACUUCACUCUGACUGAUGUGGUGCUGCUGCCAUGCAUCUAUCAGUUCUUGUGUUCCCUCCAAACGCACGCCGCUAGCACGCUGCUUCAGCUCCCCCACCUGCUGCGAUGGUACAGCCGUGUUCAGGAGGUACCCGGGGUCGUCCGGGCAGCCGAGGCCUGCGGGAUGGCUCUCUCCGUCCCCGAGCUUCCCGCGUCCAGCCUGGCAGCGCCGUCAGCCGAGGACGACCCAGCUGGCCUGCUGGAGCCAGAAGAAAGCCAGGAGAUGACGACACAGCCCCCCUUUGUCGGCGGCCCCAGGCCCACAAUGACUAAGCUCCAAGAAAAUGGCAUUGAGGCAGUCUUCGCUCCUCAUCCUUGCCCUGCCUGGACCCUCCCAUGGGACAGCUUACCAGGAGCCAUCAACCCGGCUGAAGGGAAGAUGUCAAACAUCCGCGCCGUCAGGAAGAGGCAGCAGCUGAAUAACUUGGUCGCCAUGGUUACGGAGCUAGCCAGGCCGGGACACACCGUCGUGGAUUUCUGCAGCGGAACGGGCCACGUUGGGAUCGUUCUGGCUCACACACUUCCACAUUGCCAGGUCAUCCUCAUCGAGAACAAAGAAGAGUCGUUGGUCCGGGCCCAGAGUCGCAGCGCCGAGCUCGGUCUGGAAAACGUCGGCUUCAUUCAGGCUAAUCUGGACUACUUCACCGGGCCGUUUCACGUCGGGGUUGCCCUCCAUGCGUGUGGCGUCGCAACAGACAUGGUGAUGGAGCAUUGCAUCCAGGCAGGAGCCGCCUUCGUCAUCAGUCCUUGUUGCUAUGGCUUCAUCCAGAACGCCGUCAAGUUCACCUUCCCCAAGAGCAAAAAGUUCCAAGAGACUCUGACUUAUAAGGAACACAUGGUCCUCUGUCGCUUCGCGGACCAGACCGCUGUCCAGCUUCCCCCUGAGAGGCGACUCAUAGGUAAACAGUGUAUGGGCCUGGUGGACUUGGACCGCUCCUGGGCAGCAGAGACUCAUGGGUACUCGGUGCGGGUGAUGACUAUGGAGCCUGAAAGCUGUUCGCCAAAGAACAACAUGCUGGUUGGACGGCAGCAGCAGAAGAGUGGCCUGGAAGUGGACGCCGGCCAACUGGAAGCACCGGCGCAUAAUUAGUGCCGCAGGCUCGGCUGUACAGCGGAGCCACGUCGGCGUGGCGGCUGGCCUCUGUGGCUGCCGUGGUGCUGCAGAGAACAACUCAUUUUUUAUCCACCCUCGACAUUUUCUUUUUUUUUACGAGCCCUUUUGUAAGAAACGUCCUCGGAAGAUGAAACGAAUAUUUGCUUAUUAUUGCAAGACUUGCCGAAGCCAUCCCCUGAAAUCUCUUUCAGGCCGAAGGUAAAGGCCACAGUGCCGUGAUUUCUGAUCCGAUGAAGACGUGGUGGAAGAGCGCUCUGAGUUAAAUGCGCUCAAUUAUGGAGAACUUGCUCGUUGUAGAAGAGCUCAAGUCUCUCACCAGCUGCUACGUUACGUUUGUGUCUUCGGCUAAACUGCGUGAUCAAGCUGCCAGCGUAAACAGAAGCAGCAGGAUUUACACACCCACAUCGCAAAUAAAGCACACCAUACCGACACAUGCUGUUUUUGUAAAUAGUGUGUAUGCGGCCUUUUGUGGUAGCACUCAGCAGCCAGCUCGCUGUGUGUGCAGGUAUGAACAGAGGAGGGAGAAACUCAACACUAAACAACUUAAAGAUGAGACAGGGAAUUAUCGUUAUCCACAGAACGUCUCCUCCUGCGUGUGUCUGUGAGAGACUGAGAGGAAUUACAUCUAAACUCACAUCACAUCCGUUAAAAUAAAGCAUGUGUUAUGGCUCUAACAGGAAGAAUGAUUAUUCCUCAUAAAGAAUGAAUGUGAAUAUGGUAUGCAAUCGGUAAUACGUUCAGCAGCAAUGAAUAUUUUAUGAUGCUGGUGAAAAGGUCAGUGUGCUUGAUUAGAUGCACGCCGUUCAGAGCCCGGUAGCUCCACGUCUCCAAUCCUGUAUGCUUUAGACAUGCUGUAGCCCCCUUAAGCUUUCGUUCUCCCAGGUGAGGCUGGUUAUCUGUUUCUCUGAAGAAUCCUGUGUUGUCACUUUUGACAGCGCGCCGGAGAGCCGGUCUUCCCGCUCGGGCUGAAGGGAUAGACGGGAGCGGUGCAGGCUUUCCCAGCGUCGAGCUCAUCUGAAUUCAGUCAGCAGAGUCAAUCUAUCCCGAGGUGAACGGCCACGGACGCGGCUCCUUCCGAGGGCUGGAAUUAUUUCAAAAGGAGAUGUUCACGCUUGUGCACAAGUGCGCAUUACAGAAGCGCAUAUAGGCACAAAAGACGAGCGAGAGAGUAGGUGGCGGGAGACAGAGAGGAGAAUUUUGAGGUGUGAAGUAGGUCGAUUCAGCCGAAGCACCCGAGGCCGGAGGGCGACGAGGCAAGGCCCUUUGUUUAGACGGAAUAGGUGAGCUAUCCGAGCCUGCUUCAGCGGUUCUUUAUGAAUGAGUCGCCUGGUCGAGCCUAUGAAUACAGCUUAGAGUCACUGAUGCACUGAGCUCAAUGCAUUUUUCUUAAUCCUAUAAUUAAAAGCAUCAUUAAUCACUCGUUGCCAUGUAGGUUUUCACAUACUGGAAUUUGCCUUUUAGUUGUGGUGCGUAACUAAAGAGGAAAAAAACAACAAAAAGUGCUGCAAGCUGAGUGACCUCAAUACAAAAGUUGAGCUAAACCUGAAACAAAUCAUUUUAAUGUCAGCAGCAGGAAGCUGUGACUGAGCUAAAUGCAUCGUAGAUUUAAUCAGUGAGUCGUCUUUGUUUGCACGCUGAUAAUCAGCAUUAAAACAAUCACGAUGAACACUUUUAUGUGUCUUUUCAGUCUGUCUUCACUGUUUGUGUGCCUGAACUGAAGACUUUGCUGCAACAGGAAUCUUCUACCAGGAAAUAAUGGCUCCUCUAUUGUUUUAUGAAGUUAAGUUACGACUUGUAAUGAAAAUUCAGCUUGUCUUGGUGUUUUCCACUUCAUUACACCGGUAGCGUUUAUGGCCGUUUGCCUGCAACAGUUGGCAUGAAUUCUGUCUUCUGACAGUGACCAGAUUUAUGUUUCACUGUAACAGACUCUGAUAUAAAGCUCGAGCCCAGAUGAAAUGGAUAGAACGAGCCUCUGCCGCCCUUUCACUCAUCCUAAAUAUCAUUCCUUUAUAUUUUCCAACUUACAACCAUCAGUGAAAUCUGUUUCUUCUACUUGCAGGAGUCAUUUUAUGCACAUCUUUGGUUGCCUGCAGCAGGCUCCAGCUGCUGUUAUUCUGCACAGCCUAAUAAUGUUGUUUUCUAUUUCCUGAUGCUUCUCAUCCUCCUCGUUGUCACCG